AUGCGCCCAGUUAAGCAGAAGAAGAGGACCUUUGCUUCGGAACGAAACAAAGCUGCGGCCAACGAGGUAGACAAACUCAUACAAGUAGGAUCCAUCCACGAAGUUCUCUACCCCGAUUGGCUAGCCAACGUGGUUAUGAUUCUACUGCUGGGCAUGAGCUCCUCAGCUUCAUGGAUGCAUUUUCAGGAUAUAAUCAAAUCCAAAUGCACGAAGGAGAUCAAGAGAAAACCUCAUUCAUCACCGACAUGGGGUUAUAUUGUUACAAAGUUCGGUCUUAAGAAUGUAGGGGCGACAUACCAAAGGCUGGUCAACAAGAUGUUCAAGCAAAAGAUUAGGUGCAACGUAGAAGUAUACAUGGACGACAUGCUGGUGAAAAGUGCCAAGGCACAUAAUCAUGUUGCAGAUUUGGAAGAAACCUUUCAAGUUCUCAGAAAAUACCAAAUGAAACUCAACUCGAUAAAAUGUGCUUUUGGAAUCUCCUCAGGGAAGUUUUUAGGCUUCAUGGUGUCCCAAAGGGGCAUUGAAGCAAACCCUGAAAAGAUCCAGGCCAUCCUCACCAUGCACUCACCUCAGAACAUCAAGGAGAUCCAGACGCUAAUGGGGCGCAUCACUACCACAGAGGAAACAACUUUCAAUCAGCUGAAGGGGUAUUUGACAUCCCCACCAUUACUUAGCAGAACCCAAGAUGGAGAAGACCCAUUCUUGUACCUUGCUGCCUCCCCGCACGGUGUUAGUGCAGUUUUGAUUAUUGAGGAGCAAGAGAUGCAGCUCCCGGUGUACUACACUAGCAGAGCUUUACAAGGAGCCAAGCUGAGGUAUCCCAGAGCUGAAAAAAUAGCCUUUGCAAUGGUGAUAGCAGCCAGAAGGCUAUGGCCAUAUUUCCAAGCUCACUUUAUCAAAGUACUGACAGAUCAACCACUUCGAAGAAUUCUCCACUGCCCAGAGACAUCAGGACGGUUAAUUCAAUGGUCAAUAGAGCUUGGUGAGUUCGACAUAGAGUACAAACCUCGGAUUGCCAUCAAAGUGCAAAUGCUUGCAGAUUUUCUCACAGAAUACACAUAUCCAGAACCAGAAGAGCUCCUCAAAGAAGAACCUAAACCUUGGGUCCUUCAAGUUGAUGGAUCAACAACCAGAGAAGCAAGCAGAGCUGGUUUAAUUUUAACAUCUCCAAAAGGACAAUGCCUGAGCUACGCGCUUAGGUUUGAGUUCAAAGCAACCAACAACGAGUCUGAAUACGAAGUUCUUGUGGUUGGAUUGGAGCUGGCCAAGGCCGUCGGUGCUAACCACGUGUUAGCCAAAAGUGAUUCACAACUGGUAGUAGGACAAGUCCUAGGAGAAUAUACUGUGAAGGAAGAGGUAAUGCAGAAGUACUUGGAUAAAGUGAAGACCCAAGUUACAAAGCUGCAAAGCUUUAAAAUUGUCAGGAUCCCAAGGGAGGAGAGCAUUGAAGCUAAUUAUUUGGCAAAGCUGGCCACGGCCAAAGAAGAUGUUAUUCCACGGAAUACACCGGUACGAUAUUUGGGGUUACCAAGUAUCUUUGCCCCGGAUGUACAAGUACAAGCUAUUGACUACAGCAACUCAUGGACAUGUCCCAUAGUUGACUACAUAACAAACGGGAGACUACCAGACGAUAAGGUCAAAGCUAGGCAACUCAAGAUCAGAGCUGCAAAAUACUUGAUGAUGGGAGAUGUGCUAUACAGAAGGAGCUUCUCAUUACCAUAUCUUAGAUGUCUGACCACGACAGAAUCUGAACGGGCUAUGGAAGAAGUUCACCAAGGAGUGUGUGGGGAUCACCAAGGUGGCCGCAUGCUGGCCUACAAACUCCUUAGUUUGGGAUACUACUGGCCAAGCAUGCAAAAGGAUUGUAACUCUAUGGUCAAAAAAUGUGAGAAGUGCCAACGCUUUGCAAAUAUCAUUCAUGGAUCGCCCACGGUCUUAACUCCAAUGAAAGGACUUUGGCCAUUUGCCCAAUGGGGAGUAGACCUGAUUGGCCCACUUCCUAUGGCAGCAGGACAGGUCCAGCAUGCCAUUAUAGCUGUAGAUUACUUUACAAAGUGGGUCGAAGCUAAAGCGCUGGCCACAAUCACAGCAAAGUUCAAAGCAUACUGUAGAUCCAAAGGAAUACAUGUACAUUAUGCAUCUAAAGCUCACCCAAAAGCUAAUGGGCAAGUGGAAGUCACGAAUCAAACCAUCGAAAAGGGGAUUAAGGAGAGGCUGCGAGAGGCCAAAAGAGCUUGGCCAGAUGAGCUAUAUAAUGUGCUAUGGGCAUAUCGGACAACACCUCGAAUUGCAACUGGAGAAACUCCAUACUCCCUUUCAUUUGGGGCUGAAGCAGUAGUUCCCAUUGAAAUUGAACUCCUCAAUUACAGGACCGCAAGCACGGAUCAUCAAGAAAACCAGGAAGAUCUCAAGGCUAAGCUAGAUCUCUUGGAAGAAAUAAGAGAAACAACAAUGGCCAAAAUAGCCGUGUACCAGCAAAGAAUGGUCAAGUACCAUGAAGCCCAGGUUAGGCCAAGAGAUUUUCGAACUAGUGAUCUAGUCCUAAGGAAAGUUGACCUGACUGGAAAGAAGGUGGGCAAGCUUGGCCCAAAUUGGGAAGGACCCUAUCAGGUCUUGCAUCAUGUCAAGGCUGGUACAUACAGGCUCGCAACCCUAAGGGGAAAAGAGCUACCAAAUUCAUGGAACACAGAGCAUCUCAAGAAGUAUUACAAGUAG